AUGACUCUCCAUGGUGAAACCGACCUCCUCAUGUGCAGGACCUUCCCCACGCUACUUGGGGGACGAGCCUUAACAUGGUACACCACUCUACCGACUGGUAGUAUCGCUUCAUGGGAUGAGUUGGCGAGCAAGUUUCAGUCUCACUUUGCAACCAGUCACCCUGUGCCGAAAUCCGUCCACUCUCUAGAAAAAGUACGCCAACAGCAAGGCGAGUCCCUCAGGUCCUUUUUAGACCGCUUUGAUAAGGAGGCCCUACAAGUGCAAGGCCUGAACCCAAAAGUAAAGGUACAUAUACUUCUUUCGGGUUUGCGGCAAGGUGCGUUCGCGUACGAGCUUGCCCGCCACGAGAUCACUGACCUGGAAGAAGUCAAGAGGGUGGCCCAGGAGUACAUGCGAAUCUAA